AUGAUCUCUGUUGUCUACGAUACCGCCGUCCCUUAUCGAUUGCCCGGCAACCGGACUGAAGGGAGGCAGACUCCCCGCGAGACGCCUCCUAAUGGGUCAUUUUGUGUGCCGAUCAAUCGACCCGUACCACUCACAAGCCCUGCUCAAGACCUGACAACUCCGGAUUGCACGAGUGCCGGUGGGCGGAAGUGUGAACACUCCAACUGGGGCCGUUUUUGGCCUUCGCCGUCCGGGCUCUGCUUGUACCUCGGCAUGCCAACACGCGACCGAGCCGAAACAGGCCUGAAGAUGGGAAAUCCACUUUUGACCCACAAAGACGACGAGCAACCCUUUCUUCUGCCCAAACUUCUCUCUCUCUCUCUCUUUCUUUCUUUCUCUAUCUUGCUCUCUUGCUCACUCGUUAUUUGGCGCACACAUACACGUUCUCGGCCGUACCGAUCGACGUCGUGGAAACUGUGUAAUCUCCAUCUAUUUUGCCUUCAGAAUGGCUACCGGUUGGUUCACGCGUGUCACCCUGUCCGAAUAGGCAUCGUCGGUACGGCUUGUCCGGCGAUUGUGCUUGCCGUUCGUCUCACAGUUGGAGAGCAAUCUCUGCCAACUGCACAAUUUAUAGACUUUGGUAGAUGUGUCCAACUUGCAGACGCGGCUAUGAGAGGCUAUCGGGUGCUCUUGACAUCGAGAAUAUACCUUGCUCCACCUGAGAAGAUGGCCCAGGCAGUCGCAGCGAAAUUGCAUGCAUCAAAAUUGAAAUUCUCUCUUCGUCUUUUCAUGCAUGCUUUACAAGCGUGCAUCCAACAGUUGGCCAGUCUCUGUUGGCUCAGCCGGACUUCCUAUUGCAUAAUUGGAAAAGAAGAAGGCGUUUUGUUCAAUGAACCGCAUCAAGAGGCAAAUUCGAACCCAAUCAGCCGAGCAGAAUCUGUCCCAAAUGAAGGUUUUUCUGCCACUUCAGUGACAUCCCACUCUGCGGGCUGA